AAAGCCAUAUUCUUGCAAUUAAAAAUACUUAAAGAGAGUAACAAACUACCCUAAGAAACUCCUAACAGAGACUUAGAAAGAAUUACCUGGAGGAAAGGAAAGGUCCUACAAAAAUGCAGAAACUCUUGCCCAGCCUGCUGAUCCUCAUCGGCUCCCUGCUGACCGCCUCGGCAGACAUCUCAUCACCCAUCGUAGGGAUCCUCACCCAGGAGGUUUAUAUCGAUGGCUUGAUCUCGCGGCACUUCGACAACAAGACCAGCUACAUAGCCGCCUCGUAUGUAAAGUUUCUGGAAGGAGCUGGAGCCCGAGUUGUGCCGAUUUGGAUCGGGCGCAAUCGCAGCUACUAUGAAGAUCUCAUACACAAGAUAAAUGGAGUUUUGUUGCCCGGCGGAGCCACUUGGUUUAAUCAGAGCAAUGGUUAUGCCGAUGCAGGCGAACAUCUUAUCCAGUUGGCCAUGGAAAAAAAUGAUCUGGGAGUCUUUAUGCCGGUUUGGGGAACCUGUCUGGGCAUGGAACUGCUGGUCUACAAACUGGCCAAUGGCACUGAACAUAGGAUUGACUGCAAGGGCACGGGAAUCGCCCUGCCAAUGGAGUUUAAGGAAGACUUCAGGAAGAGCCGACUAUUUGCCUCCAUUAGUGAUGAUAUAGUGGCCACUAUGGCCAAGGAGAACGUAACCUAUCACUGGCAUCAGUUUUGCUAUACGGAAAAGGACUUCGAAAGGGAUCUCCUGAACGAAACUUGGAGGGUUAUGUCCUUGAAUCAUGACUUAAAUGGCACAGAGUUCAUUUCCACUAUGGAGCACAGAAAGUACCCCUUCUAUGGGGUGCAGUUCCAUCCGGAGAAGCCGCUGUAUGAGUUUACCAAGAAGAGUAUACCCCAUACCGCAGCCGCUGUGUUGAGUGGUCAAUUCUUCGCCAACUUCUUUGUGAGCGAGGCCAGAAAGAGUAGUCAGAGCUUUGCGAAUGACACGGAACAGGCCAGGACGCUCAUCUACAACUACAAGCCGGAGUAUACAUCGAUUCUGGGUUCCUCGUACAUCCAGCAAUAUUUGUUCACCAAUGCCGAAAUGGAAAUUCCAGACAUCCCCGAGGAGGGCGGCGAUUACGAUGGCAAUGGGGCUGGUGGCGGCCCCUACAUCCCCAUCAUUGUACCAGGUGGUGGUAGUUCCACCAUCCUUCCACUCCUUAGUGGGCUGCUCCUAACCCUGCUGAUCCUAUCUACUAAUUAGUGGUUUUCAUUGCCCUUUGAACUUGGGUCUAGUGAGCGUGGAUUAUCAUGUCUAGAAGUGGAAUUCAUUUACGCACUCAGUGUACUAUAUGGAAAUUAGGUUUUCAUGUUUUUGAUCGAUUUUAUUCACUUAUCUCUGAAGUUAUCAAUGUGAUUGUUGUUCAAAUUAUUUACGUACCAGAAACAUAUUAAAAGAGAUUGUCCUGUGACUCAUUUGGUAAA